AUGGAAACGUGGAAGAAGAGUAGGCCAGAACUGCACUACCCUCCCUCCAGGACAGUCAUCAUCCCCUCUGAAGGAGCAGGCUCCCUGCACCCCCGAGCCCCUCCUCCCCCACCACCCCGCCACAGAGAUGCCUGCUUCCACAGGUGGCAGAAGGAAGGCACCCCCGGGAAGGGUGAUUGCCACAUGCCUGGGCCCCCAGGGCCCCCAUCCCAGUGUUGCAAGAUCCCGGUUGGGGUUGUGGGGGUGGAAAGGGGCCUCUUCACCUCCACCCCCUACCCUACCCUGCCCCAAGCCAGGGCUGCCUCAAGCAGGUGUCUACAUGAUGAAACACAUAGUCUGAGCCUUCUCGGGCCUCCUUUCUCCCAACUUCCCCCAAACUUGUGUUCGUCCUCCCUCACCCUCCCUAGUCCCCAGGAUCCUCAACCCCUCCAAACCCAAACCUGCCAUAUUGGAGAUCCUGUAUCAAAGGGAGCUUGGAAUCCUGAAGAAGAUGAGGUGAGAGGGGAAUCCUGAGCCCUGGCAGCAGGGACAGAGGCUGAAGAAUAAAACCGCCCCUCUUGUUAAGUCCCUCUAAAACAAGGACCCCUGCUUCUGAAUCCAAACCCUGCACAAUACUGCCAUGCUGUCUGGGGAGACCUAGACAACCCAAACUACCACAGAUAUGAAGGAGAGAUUUGCUUGGAGGUGAAGAAAGGGGGGCCAGGGAUCCAAAACACUGAUUUCCUGUAUGUGUGGGUUGUCCACACUUCCAAGUGCCACCAAGAGGGGAGUAUCGUAGCCCCCACUGCCUGCUGCCAGCUGGACUAAGAAGACAGGCCGCUUGCUGAUACCACUGUCUACUGCACCCAGCUUCCCAGCCUCAGCCACAGUGUCAUGGUCAUGGCCGCAUUCUAUGAAUUGCUCCAUGCCCUGGGUUUCUCUGGAUGGCUCUUUCAGACAUGGAGGGAGGGCAUCUCUCCUUUCAGUCUUAGAGAGAACUAUUCUACAAAGCAAGUGACAAGGCAAGAUGAGUGGGGAUAGCUGCUUUCCACCACAGCCUGGCCAAGCACUUGGAACUGGAGGAGGCUCACUGGGUGCUUCCUUGGAAGAAGUGUGACCACCUGUGGGAAUGGCACCCCAGGCUUCUUCUGUACUGGCAGCGGACUGGGCUGCCACUACCUGCGCCUGGAUAAACGAAGCUGCUCCCCAGACCCCACGAUGGAAGGCCCCUGCAGGUUCAAGCCCUUGAUCGGUGGGAAUGAAUGCUGAAAGAAGGGAAACGGAUUCCCACCUGGGGCGGAGAAUCCCCAUGGGGAGAUCUACCAACUUUAGAGUCGGCGCUUCCUUGCCAACCUCACUUCACAGCUGCUCCCUGGGGACGAGACCAGACCUCCCUCUCGGAUGCCACAUGUCAAGGAAGCAGAGCUCACUGGCUGCUGCUGUUUACAUCAAUACCUGGCUACUAUGAUCUUCUGUUCCUCAUGUUGGUUGUGUUAGACUAAUGAAGUUACCAACGCUAUUACUUACAAACCUGUAAGUCUUUCGAUCCAAGACCUGUUAUUCCAGCUGUCUUUAGGAUUAGUUGGGCCCCCAGGAGACUCCCUGGGGAAGGAAGAGUGAGAAACACUGACAGAAGCAGUACUACAGGCUCUAGUGAGCAGAGAAGGCACUGGCAGGUGCUAUAUUCACAGCCCCUUAAUUACCACUAGUCUGGUGUUCGCUGCACAUAUGUGGAAAUCUCCUGGCUGCCAAGGGUCUUCAGUUGGUAUGCUGACUAGGGCUCUGACCUUUACCCUCCAGAAGAAACCUCUAGAAGUACAUUAUGGAGGAGCCAUCCUUACCAUAAAAUACAGCAAGUUUUUGGUUACUUUGGACCAUAAUUCUUUCAUGACCCAUUAAGGCCUCUCCGUGGGAUUCUGUCCAAUGUUGUUUUUCCUGUGGAUGCACUGGGAACCAUGGCCUAUCAGAAAGCAACUACUCUUCAGGUGCGACCUCCUGCCCUUUUAUCAUUCACCAGAGCUCCAGUGCACAACAGGGGGCCCAGAGGAGGGAUCAGAAGGUGUGAUGUUACCUGGAGCAUGACAAGGGUUACGGCAGAGAUGAUUUCUUAAGAGACACUGGAUGGAA